AUGGAGGACCAUACGCACGAAGAAGUUUCUGCUCGCUUCGAAGAGCUUGCGGCUCUUGAGCACGAAUUUGAGGAUGCUGAGGAAGAAAUCAUUCGCAAAGCUGAGGCAAUCCAGACCCCGCUGUUCAAGAAGCGCGCCGAGCUUGUUGAGAAGAUCCCUCACUUCUGGGCCCUAGUCUUCGAGCAAGCGCCUCCCGAGAUUGACAGCUUCAUCCAACCCACCGACUCCAAGCUCAUCGCAGAGUGCUUGUCUACGGUUGAAGUUUCUCGCUUCGAGCUGGAUGACCCUAAUGGCUCACCCCGCAGCUUCUUGCUCAGGCUUGGCUUCACGGAAAACGAAUACUUCGAAGACAAAGUUCUUGAGAAGAAGUUUUGGUUCCGCAAGUCCAGGGACUGGCAGGGUCUGGUUUCUGAGCCCGUCAAGAUCAACUGGAAGAAGGGCAAGGACCUUACCGACGGUCUGACUGAUGCUGCGUACAAGCUUGGCCAGUUGAGAGCUAAGUUGGCAGCUGAUACUACCAACGGAGCAGCAAGGAAAGAGGAGGUCAAGUCGGCCGAGUACAAGAAGCUUGCUCAGAUGAUCGAGACCGCCACGGAUGCUUCAAUCAGCUUCUUCGGUCUCUUCUCCUUCGUUGCCGGCUACCGAUGGGUUAGCGCGGAAGAGUCAGCACAAGCUGCAAAGGAAGAGAGAGAGAGGUUUGAGAAGGUCAGGCGAGGGGAGAGGAUCGACGACGACGAGGAUGAGGACGAUGAAGACCCACUCGACUACCAAGAGAUUGAGGUUUUCCCCGGUGGUGAUGAGGUUGCUACUAUCAUUGCUGAAGACAUCUGGCCCAAUGCCAUCAGAUACUACAAGGCUACUUUUGAAGAGGAAGAAGAUGAUGAGGAGCUAUCCGACAUCGAUGCCAUGGACAGCGACGAUGAUGACGAUGAUGAUGACGACGAUGACGAGCCCGUUGACAUUCGUGCCCUCGUAGGAAAGGGACGGAAGUCCGCCCAAGAGCCACCUGCAAAGAAGCAGCGCAAGGCCUAA